AUGCAUGAACAUUUAAGUGUCACGGUAAUGAAUAAUAUGGUUAAUAUGGUUCCUGGUAGUCAUAAUCAACGAAAAUUCAGUGCAGCAAGUCAAUCUAUACAACCUCUUGUUUUAACUAAUCCAUUGUCGUUUCCUUACUUAGGGUCAGUGAAUUUUCUUGGCGCAAGGGGUGUAAUGCCCCAACAGCCUCUUUUUUCUUUUCAUCUUCCACCAGUAAUUGGAGCAACACCUUUGAUUCCCAGUCAGGGAACGAACCAAAACCCAAAUAGCUUGUUACCCCGGCCAUUUCUAACCAAUAUUCCUCGUAUGAACUGGAAUCAUCGACAAAAUCUUGCAUGGAAGCAGCAUAAUGUACAUUCUGGAUUCCGACCACUAAAUAAGGAUGCAAUAAAAAUUGUGCAGAAUUGUGGAUCAAAUGUUGCAGUGCGAUCGAGUGAUGAACAAUUGUAUCACAUUCAUCGUGAUGCAGUCCUUUUUCUUUUAGAAUAUGUAAUUGCUGCAUUGACAAAAAUACUUUGCGACUUUGAAAAAAUUAUUAAGCAUAUUGGAAAGAGGAUUGUAGAUCAAGUACAAACAUCAUCGAAAGUGAGUGAAGAUCAUUCUUAUGGAAAUGAACAUGCAGGCGAUACUGAUUUAUCAAAAAUAGAGUAUAGCGAACUCAGAGCUAUAUCAAGAAUAAAAGAGCAGCGUAAAGAAAAGAGAUGUCGAAGAAAGCGCAAAAGGUUUCAAAGUAGAGACCACAGUUCGGAUAGCAAUAAUUCUACUGACGAGUCAAAUGAUCACUGGCAGCAUUUAAUCGCGGAAGAUUUAACUGAUAGCGCUAUGAGUGAUACAGAUGUUGAGGUGGAUACUGAACGGUUGGUAAUGAAAACUAGUGAUAUCAAAGCUGAAACUAUAAAACUACCUCAAUUUUACGAAAUGGGUGCAAACGGCGAUCUUUACGCAACACCUGAGUUACUUAAGCUACGUUUUCAGUUUGAAGAUCUUGUUUUACGACCCAUAAGAAUGAAAAAAGCAGAACAACCAAGGCUAGAUCCUCCUGAAGUUCCAGCAUAUCAUGUAAAUUGCAAAUGUGGCCAUUUGUCAGAUACAGAUUCUUAUAGUGAAAGUGACGUGCCAACAGAUGAAGAAAAUAUUUAUGAUGAACAUUCAUCCGAAGCUGAAGAUGCUGAUAUUGACUUUGAACAUUUAAGCGAGGCAAAAAAGCAUCGUAUUGUCGCUAAAAGAGAGAGUUCUCGAAAGAGUAGGCAUCCUGCUGCUCUUCACACCGAGUUAUGCUUUAAUGAACCAGAUCAGAUGAAUGAUGGUCCAACGUGUCGUUGUUCUUGGAAAGCAAAACAGUCGGGAUUAAGGCAUAAUAAGUUUGCAGGCGAGGCUUGUAUUGAAUCAUGUUCAUAUAAUUCUAAUAAUCUUAGUCGUCUUCAUCAUUAUGUAUUGAAAGUUGAACCAAAUCUAAAGAUCUUAUCUCGUCGUUGCUCAUCGAUAAAAUAUGAGAAUAAUUUUUAUGAAUUCGAAGGAUUCUCAGUGUUUUUUCAUAAACCGGUGCCUGUCUUUUUUCCUCAAGAUCCUUUGGCUCGUUGGACUGCAGAUUAUAAGAUACAUUUUGAAGAAGAAAGUGCUCCAGAGGGUUUCACUGUUGGCGAUGUGGAAUUAUUUCAUGAAUAUUUAUUCGAUCAUAUAAUGGAAAUGUAUGAUUUGAAAAGGCGUGCUUUUGAUGUUACUGAUGGUUGUCCAUUUUAUCACUGCAUGCCACGAUAUGUGCGCAUAUUACCUGGUAAUCGUAAGGAAGUUCUUCCUAUGCCAGUGGUACUGAAUUAUCUCAUCGAAAGUUAUCGACCAUUGGUUGAAGAGUACGGAACUCUUAUGUUGACUCAUGGAAUGAGUUCAUCUUGGAAAUUCAAGGAAAGAUAUCGCGGCGCGUUAAUAAUGAAUCCAUGCAAGAGACCAUCGACUAUACGUGCCGACAUCGUUGAUUUUGAGCAACCAAACGUUCAUGAUUCCAUGCAUCCCUUUAUUACCCAUUUUGGUAUUCGGUCGUCUUGCCGUUCAUACAGCUCUAAUCCUGAGUUUCAAAAAGCUUCCAAAGAAUAUAUGCGUAUGCGAAAAACGUUGGGCUUGAAGGCUCGAAUUACUGCAGAGGAAAGGCAACGUCUAUCACAAAAGGCAUCAACCAUGCGAAAGUUGCGAAGUGAUAAACAAUUGAAACGUAGUUUUGUUAUGACAGUAUCCGCCCAGCAUUUUUAUCAGACUGGUUUCUACCCUGAUAUUGUACAGCAUGCUAUGCUUUUAAUUCUAGCUUCUUUUCACGUUCGUUUACAUUGGUCGUUGCAAGUUUUUGAAGAGCGUAUUCAUUACGUCUUUAAGAACCGUUUUCUGUUAGAAUUAGCUUUAACACAUUCAUCCUAUCGUAUGAAUUAUGGCACAAAUGCUGAUCAUGCACGAAAUACACUAAAUAAUUGUGGAGUACGUAUUGACAAACACUGGAAGCGGGAUCGAACUAUUAAGCAAAUUUGGAACGGCAGGAAGCGAGGUAGGAAUAUUUCAGUUUUGUCAUUUUGA